CCCCACCCCCUCCGACACCGUUGUCUACAUUCCUUCUGUACAACCUCUUCUGCCGGGGUCAAAAAUGUCCGUGCAGAGGAAACACCUCGUCAAAGAGUUCAACCACUUCAUCACCUGCUAUGUGUGCAAAGGUUACCUGAUAAAGCCCACCACCGUGACUGAGUGCCUGCAUACAUUUUGUAAAAGCUGCAUUGUUCAGCAUUUUGAAGACAGCAACGACUGUCCCAAAUGUGGCAUUCAAGUUCAUGAAACGAACCCACUAGAAAUGUUAAGGUUGGACAACACCUUGGAGGAAAUCAUAUUCAAACUUGUGCCUGGACUCAGAGAAAAGGAACAACAGCAGGAGAUUGAGUUCUGGAAGAAGAACAAGUCAAAAGAGAAUGGUGAAGACGACGGCCCCAGAAACAAAAAGCCCAGAAUGGACGACGAAAACGAGGAGGAUGGAGACCAAGACUACCACAGGAGCGACCCUCAGAUAGCUAUCUGCCUGGACUGCCUCCGAAACAAUGGACAGAUGGGGGAGAACAUUGUGAAGGGCUUAAUGAAGAAAUUUAUACGCUGCUCGACUCGAGUGACCGUCGGUACAAUUAAGAAGUUCCUCAGCUUGAAGUUAAAGCUUCCCAGCUCGUAUGAGCUGGAUGUUCUAUGCAACGGGGAGAUCAUGGGCAAGGACCAUACCAUGGAGUUCAUCUACAUGACGAGGUGGAGACUUCGGGGCGAAAACGCCUACCCGAUGGUACUAGAGUAUCGUCCUCGAAUCGACUUUGGCUAGAUGGCGAGCCGCGAGAUGAAGCCUGCACUAACUGCGACCCAUCGACAGAACGCACGAUGAAUGGAUGUGCCUGGAACGCGGACUCUCGCGCAUUCCGCCGCCCUCGUUUUCUCCUUCCAUUUGCCUGCAGUCACCCGUCCUUCGUUCUCUUACCUUUUUAUUAUUUUUCAUCUGUCCCCUUCAUAUGUUUUUUUUUUUUUUUCUUUUCCCCCUCCUUUUCUCAAGAGUAAACAAAGACUCGGGGGGGGCAGGGGGUUUGUUCCCUCUUCCAGAAAAUUCCCUUCUCUCUCUCUCUCUCUCCCUCUCUCUCUCCACAGAAAGACAGCCCAGCUCACAUGCUGAGCAGUAUGACUUUCCCAGCUGAGGUAGCUCAUAUUCUGCUCAGACAUGCGGCAGCCAGGAAAACGGUGCAAUGAGAGCAACAAUUAAAUGAAGCUCCUCAAUAUUUCUUGAUUAAGAUAUUCUUUGAAACCAAAUUUAAUAAUGUCUUUCAUAUGCCUGUUAAGUCAUUCAUCUGAUUCUGAUAAAGUUAUGAAGAAAUUCUGAAUCAGUGACAUUAAAAAUUACGUUGGAGAUGCUAGAUGUUCAUUUUAGAAAGUGACUUCAGAGGAUUAACGAGAUUCCUUAACGAGCCUGUCUUCCUUGCCGUGAAGUAGUGCCCGUUGUUUGACUCGUCUUAAGUCAGCGGCAUCCAUUUCGGGUGUAUAAAUGCAGUAAUCCAAGCGUAAUCUCCAGUAUACUAGGGGGAGAAAAAUGAGUUCUGUCCGCAACAUUCUCCUUGCUUACCAGCUGUUGGUAAGUAAGGGCCUUUCUGGUUUCGGGUGCGAUGCACGGUUUCCAUGAGGGCUGAGGGACCACUAUCUUUGGCCCAAUUUGCAGAUCCGAAUCUGUCCAUCUGCUUUCCUGUGGUUGGGAUUUUCCCGCACUUUCCCUCAGAGCAACGUUCUGUGGGAAUGGAAGUCCUUCCCAGCAUGCGUCUGCAGGGUACGGCAGGUCCCUGCCUGUACUUGAAGCAGUAGCCUUACAGCCUUUCCUUCUUAACCUUGACUCAUCCGCUAGACACUAAUGGAGUGCCGGUCCGUUUUACGUGGUUAUGGAUUUCAGUGUUGGUGUAAGCUCUGCUGCUGUGUAUGAAACAUCCUGAUACCGCUACAGUCAAGGCAGCAGACGUAACGUAGAGGAGAAGGACAGAAGGCGGGAAGGAAGAAAAAAAAAAAGGAGAAACCAGUCUGUGGUGUCGGAAAGGUCUGGAUGUACAUAUGUGUCUGAAAAUGGUACUGCCUGGGUUAUUUUCAGAUCCGGGAAGCCCAUUCUGGUAAUGACUUUCUGAUGUUCUGCUGACGGUCAGAUCGUCGUAAAUCGACGGAUUUAUGCAGUAUUUAGGCCGUUGCCGAAGUUGGUCUGUGAUUUAGUGAGAUUCAGUAGGUCUAGGUAAGUCUAGGUGUAUUUUCUAUAGAGGCUGAGGAUUAAGGAACACUGUAAAAAAUGCCUGUCUUUUUGUACUGAUCUUUUGUAAGUAAACUGCAGCUUCUUUCUUGUGACCUUUUUUUUUUAUCAAGGAAGGUCCUGUUGGUCUCUCCCUCUCUUUCUGAUUGACAGUGUCAUUCGUGGGUGAGGGGGGGUUAUCGUUAACUUUUUCAGCAGGAAGUGACACGUGUACGUUGAGAUCCCGUGGCUCGCGGCCCCUCGCCUGCCGCAGCUGACCUGAGGGUCGAGAUGGACCCGGCCUCGAAGAAAGCACCAGACGCACAAACUUUGUCUUUACUGUCCAUCGUCCGGCCAGAGUGUUAGAAAAGUGCUUCUGAAAUCUGGGCCCACUCCGUGGCGGAGUCGCAGUUUAAGUAACGGGUCUGCUCCACUCCAUAGCCAGGCCGCAAUAUGAUUACGGGGGCGGCCUCCUCAAGGAGCAGUAAUGGCUUUUUUGGCACGGAGUAACAUUGAUGGGUCACAGUGACACUGAUGGGUUUCAGUCAGGCAGACCUGAAUGAGAAUUUGUUCCCUAGGCCACUUUUUUUUCUCAGCUUUGUCUGACUGUACGUGCUUGAGGCAGUGAUGUGCAGUGGCCCCGUUCUCAUCUGACGUGUGUUUUUAAUUAGUCUCGUCUCUCUCUCUCUCUGCCUAAAACACUUUAAAAGAGACAGCCGUGCAUCUUAUUCAGUGUUAUCAUAGUGUGAACAGGUUGGUGGUCUUUUGCAACUAUGUGCAAAAAGUCACACAUUAAUUCAUUAAUAACAAAAUACUAUACAGCACGUGUGUAAUAAAGUGUGCCGCAAUAAAUCUAUGAAAUCGGAAGCUAAGUUGCUUGAUGUAAUGGAGCACACCCAUAGAACUAAAUUUGGAAUUAAAUAUGCAGUAGGGCAGUAGGCCCACCAGUUAUUAUGUGGGUGCUGUAAUACAGGCCGUAGGAGCAAGAUAGAUGGGAAAGAAAUUUAUUUGGAGGUAACAGGGUUUUUAACAUUUGUAUAGCCGGGGAUGCAAAAAUUGACUGGCCAGAUGGAUGAAAUGGGAUUAAACUCCCUUUGCAGAGGAAUUUCUUGGUUGAACUGAAGUUUUCCAACCGGGGUUUUAAUUAAUUUGAGCCACACACGCCACCCAUCUUAGCUUCCAUGCAUCAAAGCAAGAUUUUUAAACUAACAUUGUUAGCGAAUGUGAGUAAUUCUCGCUGAAAUGUGAAUGUGCUUAUGCAGAGGAAUGAGCCAAAAAAUAUAUAUAUUUAAAAAAAAAAAAAAAACCUGUCUGAAAAUGUCAGCUCUUGAAGACUGAGACUCAGUGGAAGUCCAUGUCAAACUUCCAAUGCUCCGCUAAUCUCCACCCGACCGGUCACGCUAAGAGUAGGAACGCCUUCAUUCCAUAUAUGUAUAUCACUAAUGCUUUCCAAUGGAGCCUAAGAAACUCUGUCACCUUCUUAUAAUAUUUUCACAAGUGUGCUUUUAUUUAAGGUGUCUUUAAAUAGUGUUUAUAAAAUCGAGUAAAACUACUUCGGAACCAUUGGUGGUUUGUUAGUCAACAGAAUGUUUAGACUAAAUAACCGUUGACACGUCAUUGUGCUGCGAUGAACAAUAUGAUGUAUUUUUGUAAUGAUAAGCACUUGUAGAUAUUCUACCUUUAAAUAAAACUGUAUGGUGUAUGUUUUCCAAACAUAAAAUGCUGCUUAAAAACAAUCUAUUAUAUUUUUCAAUGUAAAUGUGCCUGAAAUAUGCAUUCCUAGAGAUUAGAACUGUAAAUAUGCAAGAGUUGUUCUCCAUGUGACCUUACAUUAUUAAAAAAUGGCAAGCGAC